GAAUUUAAGGAGAGAAUCGUGCUCUGUGCCGGCCCCAGCUCUGGGCCCUAGGGACGUGGAGGGACCCUGUGCAGCCCUCAGGUUCCUUGCCCGCCAAGGCUGUGGGCUGCUCUUGGCAUCUCUGAGGGUUGGAUGUAUUUGGGGAUUCGGGGAUGCUGGGAUGGAGAGAAAGGGGCCCCUAAUUUGAGCCUGUUGCAUUAAUUCAGGGGGAGGUGGGUAUGGUAAGGGGCAUGGGACUGACAGAUGGACAGAUGGGUGUGAGGAGAGGAAGACGCACACGAUGUUGUUGAUCCCCGUAGUUCCUCAGCUGGCCCUCUCCCGGCUCUCUGUCCCUGGUGCCCACCACACUGCCCCCUUGCUGGCCUUCAGCCACACCUGGGUGGGCUCUUGCCAACCACAGGGCCUUUGCAUAGGCUGUUCUGUCUGCCUGGAAGAGCCUCCCUGUCUUUUUGAAAGGUUGACUCUUACUGUUCAAGACCCAGCUUUCCCCUCGUUAGAGAAUCAUCUCCACCCUGGUACUCUGUCUCCCCGUGUAUUUCUUACCAGCCCUUCUGGGAAUCUGUAGCGAUCUUAUUCAUGUGUCUAUUUACCUGUUUAUUCUCUGACUCCAGACUCAGGCCCUGUGUCUCUAGUGCCAUGAACUAGGGCCUGACACUGAUCACCUGUUUGUUGAAUGACCUUAUGAUGGCAGUUAUAACAGUCCUAGCUGAUAGGCCCUGCUCACUUGUUCUGGGUAGAUAGCAUGCUGAGUGCUUAGCGUGUAGUAUUUCAUUUCACCUUCAUGGCCGUGGUGUGAAGUCAGAUGUGCCUGACUCCAGAGGAGGAGAAGGAGACUGGAUGGAAGAAGAGAGGGCUAUUCCCUCCCCCUGGUGUCCCAUCUGCUGUCCUGGGAGGCCUGGGCAAGGCGCUCCCUUCUCUGGAUCAGCACCCUUCCCAGAACCCCAAGCAUUGGAACAUUCCAGGACUCUAUGACCUGUAUUGGUGGGUGGUGCUGGAGCCCUGACCCCCCAGCCGAGCAGCCGGGGCCUGCAUGAGGUGGGGGCUCCCCGAUCCUCCUUGGCGGUGGCUGCAGCUGAGAGAAGGGUCAGGAGGUCAGCCAUGUCAUCUGAGCCACCACCGCCACAGCCCCCAACACACCAGGCUUCGGUCGGGCUCUUGGACACCCAGCGGGCCCGAGAUCGGUCACCGUCCCCUCUCCGGGGCAACGUGGUCCCGAGCCCGCUGCCCACCCGCCGGACGAGGACCUUCUCGGCGACGGUGCGGGCUUCGCAAGGUCCUGUCUACAAAGGAGUCUGCAAAUGCUUCUGUCGAUCCAAGGGCCACGGCUUCAUUACCCCGGCCGAUGGUGGCCCCGACAUCUUCCUGCACAUUUCUGACGUGGAGGGGGAGUAUGUCCCCGUGGAAGGCGACGAGGUCACCUAUAAGAUGUGCUCCAUCCCCCCCAAGAACGAGAAGCUGCAGGCCGUGGAGGUGGUCAUCACCCAUCUGGCCCCGGGCACCAAGCACGAGACCUGGUCCGGCCACGUCGUCAGCUCCUAGGAGAUGCUGGAAGCAUCCCUUCUCCUGGGCUCGCGGGAGACUCUGGGGGGGGAGGAGGAGGCAGAACCAAACUGCAGAUGACGGUCUACCGCUUGAGAUGGGGCUUCAGAGCGGGGAGUACUGUCCCUUUCAAGCAUCUUCCGGAGGAAGGGGCGAUGGGGACAGGCACUGGCAUGCUCUCGGCCACCAGCACAGCCUUGGACCGUUCCAACAGCCUCUCACCAUCUGAAAAGCAUUAAAAGCAUGGAAAAAGGAGGGGUGCCCGCUGGUGGCUGAGUGGAUGGUCCAACCCCAGCCCCGGGGGUGGGUCAGGUGGGCGCUUCCCCAGCCCACAGAGUCCUUGUGCCCCUGGGCUGGAGGCUCAGAAUCCCCAGAUCCAGCCCGCCCCGGGGGCUGACGGGAGGCCCUAUGCGUUUCCCACCUGCGUCUACCCUCCUUGUGUCUGUGUUUGGCCCUCAGCAAAGCGGGCUCUUUUCUGUUGGUCUGUUUGGUUUGUUCUAGGGGAGCUGGCCUCACCGGGCGGCGGGGGGGAGGCACGAGAGCGGGGGUCUUUGGUGCCUUUGCAGCGGGAAGAAUCCCAACUGGGCGCCUGGGAAAAGAGUUUCCCCAGGAGCCCUGAGCCCUCCCCUCGGCCAUGCCGUGCUCAGCUGAAUCCUCUCUCCUCUUACCCUCAAUUUAGCAGACAGUUCACAGCCGUGGUCGUUUAGGUGGUGGGUCGGGGUGGGGGUGGGAGAAGGGCGGGUCUUUGUUUAAAAUCAGAGCUCGGUCCAGAACCCUCCGGAACAGAGUCGGUCGUUCGUGGUGGCUCGCUUCUCAACAGCCUGGUAAAGUCAAAACUUGGAGGAGAAAAUGCCCCUUUGGUGAUGGGGUUUUCCUGAAAACUGGUGUUAAGAAAAGCUGAGGGUUUGUUUGUUUGUUUUCUUCUCUAAUAACCAAGGCUUUUGCCCAGGGCCAACCCUGUUUGCACUUGGCUGUCGACAUUUCGAACCUUUGUAGAUAUUUUCCAUACACAAGUCCUGAGGCUUUUCUUUGCGGUGGCUUGCUUUGGCUCUAAGGGUGAUGUAAAAAUAGAAAUAGCUGGGUGGGUGAUAAUGUUUUGAAAUGUGUGGCUUGUGUGUACUCAAAGGUACGUUUUGUCAGUUGCAGGGAAGUGAACCCUGUAAAGCUGGCUUGGAAGCAGACAGCAAUGUUGCAAAGGAGGGAGGGCGGCCGAUGGGUUGUGGAAGAGGCGAGGCCGAGUGCCUCGGUCUGUGGAUGGAUUUGUCUUUAAGCGUAGGAAUGGCUUCCUUUGCAAGAUAGAACUCUUUUGCUCAUGACCGGUGGGAGCUGUCUGAAAAUUGGCAAAUAGCGUUUGGCUGUGUGCAUGCGAACAGCCCGCUGCGGUCAGCGGUGGAUCUGCCAUUUCCUGGCCUGUUGUGCCCCUCGAAGGGUCCUCGGUCUGCUGCCUCUGCCUUCUGCUGGGUCCAGGGUGGCCCCUGCCCUCCAGCCUGUUCCCGCAGGCCCCCUGGAGACACCACACUUCCUGAGCCACUUCUGCCAAGGACCUUCGGGCUCCCAGAGGUCGAGAGCCUGCGUCUAAACCCCACCCCUGGUGGUGUUCCUGGUCUUGGCCUGGCCUCAGCGGUCGGGGCUCUUUGCGGACACGUUCUCGUUCUUGGUCGGACACAGAGUCUCCAUUUACAAGAAGCUCUGGGAGGAGCCUGGUGCCGGUGAUGAGCUGGGGUGGCGUCCGGGAUUCCUUCCCUCUCUCCUCCCGCCCGUCACCUCUGUCUCAAUAAAGUGUGUUCUGUGCAA